GUCUGCAGCACACGAGUAGCUUCGUCUAGAGCACCGAUGGUGGUCCCCCCGCCGGAACUCAGAAUGCGCAGCGGCAUACUACGUGUGCGUCGACCUACGGCAUGACGGAGUCGUCUCCGGGCCAAGUAGCAGCUAGGACGAUUUAGCCGCGAAGGAAGUUUCUGCUAUGCGGUCUGGAGCGGUCCACUCGAAGCUGAACAGCUAUCGGAUACUGCGAAGUACUUGUGGCUCCAAGUCGCACUUUUGGUGCAAGCCUAAGGCGGACGGAACACAACUGAGAGCAGACAUUGGCAAAUCUUGGCUGCCCGUGGGGAGCACAAUUGUCCAGAGCAGUACCUGCCAAGGUUCCUUGAAGGAACAGACUCUAUCGAGAUAAGGUGC